CGCUUUCAUGGCUGAAGUCAAUUCAGCUGCUCCAUCUCCACCGCUCUGCACUGUUUCUCUUCAAAGAAUUCGUCACCUUCGUUCACCCAUCAAAUACCGGGAUUUCUUUAUCGAAUUUUAUAUAGCGGGUCGAAUAGAGACAAAAAUGUCACCGCGGAAUCUUCCCUGUGGUUUGUUCCAAUAUUCCAGCGCUAUUUGGGGGGGGUGUGGCACAGAAGAGAUCGAGGAGUCUGAUCCCGAAGCGGUGGUGAAGAAAGGGGUUUUAUGGAGAUGGAGGGGAGGGGGUACUCGGACUUGCUCAGGAACUCCAGCGAGGAGAUGAUUCUCAAGUCUCUGAUGGAGAAUCCGAUCGGGAGUUCUGCACCGACCAUGGAGAUGCCGGGAUUUAGGAACACGCCGCAGACGUUUCGAGGAGACAGCGAGGAGCUCUUCAACAGCUGGCUGAUGAACGGAGAGAUUCCUGGUUUCAGCUCUCCAAAUGGUGUUCAUUGUCCUUGGCAACUAUCUCGGAAAAUGUCAACAGAGAUCACUGCUUUUGCAAAUCAGCAAAAUGGGACUGUGCAGAGGCAAAAUACAGAGGAUAAAAGUUUUAACGUGCUUGAUGAUCAGUCAAGUGAUGUUGAGUGUUCUAUCAGGAGAACUGCAGAAAAAAGCAUGCAAGCUAGUAAUUUGUUGUUGGCCAAGGCAUGGUUUCACAGUUCUCAGCCAAUGACUAGAAGUCGAUCUUCAGAGCUACGGAGGAGGUAUGCUGCCAUGCAAAACAGCCAAAUGCAAGCAAUUGCCGAAGCCCAAAAUAACAUCAUAGUAGCAGGUAUUGAGAAGGGGAGGCAACAACUUACGAGUGACUUAUGUAACAUCUCAAUGGGGGAGACUGCCAGUCAACUUCAGACAUUCAUGUCUCCAUCUAAUUCAGCUACUUCUCCAUUUGACGCUCCAUUGGCAACAGUCGAUAUGGUUUCUUCUGUUGUGAGCAUGCUUAAAGAUGCACUGGAAACGAAGAAGCUUGGUAGACAAGUUGAUGGUGAAACUUUAGAAGGAAGUUCUUAUGGGCUUUUAAAUGUUCAACCAGAAGGAAAUAGAAUCUGUAAUCAAGAUGCCACAGAUCAGGUUCUCUGGCCACCCAACACAUUUGAUUUUGUAUCCUCCAUUCAUGAGCAAAAUUCAAGAAACUCAAAAUUUGAGAAGCCCUUGGAACUAAACAUGGACGGAUUUGUUCCUCCAGCAAAUCAAUUCCGAACUGCCACAAUCUCACAAGAACCAUCACAGAGUGGAUCAUCAACUGCUGUGCCAACGCUUUCAACCGGCUUUGAAGUAUGUGAUGAUCUUUCCAACUCAACACAAACUAUUUCUGUUUGUGAGAGUUCCAAAAAGCAUACCGGAAAUGGAAAUUUGAAUCAUAAGACUAGAGAAAACAGAGAAAAAAUGCUACAAAGCAACUUCAAGGAUGAUAGGAAGAAAGGAAAUCCAGUUCUGAUGGGAUCAGUUUCCUCAGGAGUUUUAGAAGACAAGGGUGAUUCUACAAAGAAACGCAGGGUUGAGCGCUCACGAAAAAUGGCAGAAGCAAAGGAAAGAAAUUUGGCACCAAUGUUGCCAUCGGAUAUGCAAUCAGUUCUAAAGCGCUGUGAAACUCUUGAGAAGGAAGUGCGCUCACUCAAGCUUAACCUUUCAUUCAUGAAUAGGAAGGAUUCUGAGCAAACUAAACAAAUCGAAGAGCUUCAAAAAGAGAAUGAAGAUCUAAAGGAUGAGAAACGGCGCCUUGUUGAAGAGAUCGAAAGGAUUUACCCUGAAAGUGGUAGUUGGUGAUACCUUGCAACUGACUCCUGCAUAAAUAUUGUGUUCAUAAUGUCUAAACACAAACAAACUUAGCACACAAAAGGAGAGAUCUCCCCGGAAGUUGUAUACUUUACAUAAAUUAUAGAUAUGUAUAUUCCAA